CAAUUUGAACCAUUUGAACGUUGCUCUAGCGCUAAGGUUAAAGGUUUGCGGUGUAACAUCAACAACACUGUAGAUCGGGGCUACCAUUGAUUUGGAAUUAUUGGUUAUUUGAUUGGAUCAGUACAUUUAGUUUGGCAGUCACAAUUAGUUGGAAGCAGACCAAGCUGAAAAUAUACACUUAUAUCAUCGGGGAAUUUAAUCCAACGGCAAUUCCAGCCAACUGAUCGAGUUACUCGCUACACUUUACUAAGUAUUUGGAUUCCAGACAUGAAAUUCUCCCAAACCAAGGAAGAAAACUGGAAUUUUUCUAGUGUAGUAGAGGGGUUAAGAGAUCUUUACGACAGAAGACUGAAGCCUUUGGAAGUGACAUAUUUGUUCCCACAGUUUCAUUCACCAACACUUGAUGCAGGGGAAUUUAGUUCCAAGCCAAUGAUUCUUCUUUUGGGUCAGUAUUCUACGGGCAAGACCACGUUUAUCAAAUACCUUCUAGGAUCCGCCUUCCCGGGUAUGCAUAUUGGCCCAGAGCCGACAACCGACAGAUUUAGUGUUGUUAUGUCUGGGGAUGAAGGCAUUAUUCCUGGGAAUGCUCUUGUUGUCGACGCCCAGAAACCUUUUCGCCCUCUUUCGAAAUUCGGAAAUAACUUUCUGAACCGCUUUCAAUGUUGCCAACUUCGGAAUCCUGUUCUGGACAGCAUAGUCAUUAUUGAUACACCUGGUAUAUUAAGUGGUGAAAAACAGAGGUUAGAUCGCGGUUAUGACUUCACAGCUGUUGUUCAGUGGUUUGCAGAACAUGUUGACAGAAUAAUCCUGCUUUUCGACGCUUAUAAACUCGAUAUAUCGGACGAGUUUAGGCGAGUGAUAGAAUCUCUCAGAGGUUAUGACGACAAAGUCCGUAUUGUUCUUAAUAAAGCUGAUAUGAUUGAUGCACAACAAUUGAUGCGCGUUUACGGAGCAUUAAUGUGGGGUCUUGGUAAAGUAUUAGGGACUCCGGAAGUUGUUAGAGUAUUUAUCGGGUCAUUUUGGGACCGACCACUGCGAUAUGACGUUAACCGUCACUUAUUUGAGUUGGAGUCACAGGAUUUAUUUAAAGACCUUCGAAGUUUGCCUUCUAACGCGGCCAUGCGAAAACUAAAUGAUAUGAUACGACGAGCAAGGCUAGCUAAAGUACAUGCCUACAUAAUUGGUCAUCUUAAGAAACAGAUGCCUUCAAUCGUUGGGAAAAGCAAAAAGAAGCAAGAACUUAUUAACAAUUUACAGCAGAUAUAUGAUUCUAUUUCACGUUUACACCAUAUAUCUUCUGGUGACUUCCCUAAACUCUCUCAUAUGCAGAGUAUUUUGAGUGAACAGGAUUUUACAAACUUCCCCUCUCUUAAAGAAAGGCUUAUUGAACAAGUCGACAUUAUGUUAACCCAGGAGAUCCCUAAAUUAAUGCAGAUGAUACCAAUUGAACAAACAGCGGCUGUUCAACAGGGUAAAAGUUUAAUCAAAGGAGGAGCUUUCAACGAUAGUGUAAUUGAUAGUCCAUUUACGGCAGAUGCUGAUAUGGCUAUUAAUCGUGGACGAUAUAGUGAUAAGUCGGCUUUAGAGGACGAUAAAGAUGAGCUCAUAAAAGAAUUUGAAAGUCUUCAACCAGUUGAUGGUCUCCUUUGUGGAAGCGGACGAUUAAAAGCGAAAUUGAUGGAAUCUCAUUUACCUAAUAUCACAUUAAGUCGUAUAUGGAAACUUUCAGAUAUUGAUAAAGACGGUUAUCUUGAUAUCGAUGAAUUCAUUGUUGCUAAGCGUUUGGUCAGCAUAGCUGUUAACGGUGGUGAAAUUCCAGAAACUCUACCAGGGCACUUAAUCCCACAUAGUAAACACAAAUAUAUUUCACCAACUAUAAAUGGUAUAGGUGAUUAUAAUGAAACAAAAUAUUAAACUGCAUUGAUCUCGUGUUAUCGAUGAAGCCACAAAAUAUAUUAACUGGUUUAUACCGAAACUAUCAUUGUUAGCGGUUAGGAGUGGAGCAUUGUCACUUCAUAUUGUCCUAUCUUUUAGAACAAAUUUACUCUUAUUCUCCUAAAAAUGACAUACUAAUGUGCUAAAACUUUCAGAAAUAUUUUACCUGUGAUAUUAUUGAAGUCUGUUCUUUUUCAUACUCAUUUCUGUACGUCUGUGUGUAUCUGAUGAAUUACCUCCAAAUGAAUGCAGGAAAUAAAACAUUCAAUAUGAAGAAGUCUUCAGGUUCUCGCUAUUUGUUUUUUUUUCUUAUAUUUUAGAAAAUGUAAUCAAAUUUCACACUAGCUUGAUUAUGUGCCUAUUAUUCUUUCAUAUUUGGAUCCUAUCUUUAUUGCACUUAUUUUUUCAUAAACUGUCUAUUCAACUGUAUCGUGUAUAUUAUCAGUGAAUUUACUUAUUCUAUUAAUUAUUUAUCUCUUGAUGUUUAGUUGCACUUUUUGACUAACAAACAUUAUUUUUAUUUUUUUUUCUUGUGGAGGAAGAAAUCAUUUGAUUUUGUUAUAAUUCAACAUUCCAUUAUUUUUACGCUAAUAGAUUCAUCCAAUUAGUAGGGUUUUUUUCUUUAUUUAUCUAUAACAGAUUUAUUCUGUAUUAUAGGUAUUUUAUUAAAUAACAGGUUGGAUAAAAAAUCUUCAGCGUCAGUCACUAUUAAGUUAUUUAAUUAUGGUAUGUUCUUGCUG